GUCAAGCUAAGCUUGGGAAUCGAUCGAUCAUCAAGGAUCAUGUUGGACUUCACUUCUCAACUUUCUUUCUCUCAUCUUAUCUCAAUCAUCUCUUCUUUCUGUCUUUUCUCUUUUUUCUUAAUCAUCAUUGCAGUCAUCAUCAAUGUGAUCUCUCAACUAUUACCAAAAGAUCCAAGUAAACCACCAUUAGUAUUUCAUUUCUUUCCAAUCAUUGGUUCUGCUAUCAUUUAUGGAAUCGAUCCAUACGAAUUUUUUGAAAAAUCUAGAAAACAAUAUGGAAAUGUGUUUACGUUUGUUUUAUUGAACAAACAGAUCACUGUGGCUUUAGGUCCUCAAGGUAAUUCGUUGGUUUUGAAUGGAAAACUUUCGGAAGUUAAUGCUGAGGAAGCUUAUACUCAUUUAACUACACCUGUUUUUGGUACUGAUGUGGUUUAUGAUGUACCUAAUCCGAUCUUAAUGCAACAAAAAAAGUUUAUUAAAUCGGGUUUAUCGGUUGAAAAUUUUAAAAGAUAUGUUGGAAUGAUUGUAGAUGAAACAGUGGGUUAUUUAGAAGGACAUAUCUUUGAAUCACCAGAACAAAAAUCGUCAACCAAAGAUAUCUUUAAUGUCGCAUCUGAAAUCACAAUCUGUACGGCUUCUGCUACUUUACAAGGAAAAGAAGUUAGAUCAGGUUUAAACAAAUCCUUUGCGAAACUUUAUCAUGAUCUAGAUGGAGGGUUUACACCUUUGAAUUUUGUGUUUCCAAACUUACCAUUACCAUCAUACAAAAGAAGAGAUCAAGCUCAAGUCUUGAUGAGAAACUUUUAUUUAAAGAUUAUUGAAGAUCGUCAAAGAGAAGAUCGUGAAGGAGAUUCAGGUGAUAUGUUAGAUGCCUUAAAAGGUCAAACUUAUAAAGAUGGAACACCUUUGACGAACAAAGCGAUGGCUCAUAUCAUGAUUGCUCUUCUCAUGGCCGGUCAACAUACUAGUGCUGCUACCGGCUCUUGGCUCUUGGCUCAUUUGGCUCAAAGACCGGAUUUGGUGGAUGAAUUGAGAAAUGAACAAAUCGAAAUCUUUGGUCAUGGGGAUGAAAAUGAUUUGGAUCCAUUGGAUUAUGAUCGAUUACAAAGUCCUUUGAUGAAUGCUUGUAUUAAAGAAACUCUUCGAUUACAUCCUCCUAUUCAUUCUAUCAUGCGUAAAGUCAAAUCACCUAUUGUAGUUCCACCAACCCUUGCAGCCUCAAAUGAAGAUACACCUUACAUUAUCCCACCCACACAUUACGUGAUGGCAGCACCAGGUGUAUCACAAUUAGAUGAAUCGAUAUGGAAAGAAGCCACGAAGUUUGAACCGAAGAGAUGGUUAAACAAAUCGAACCGACCAACUCAAGAAGAAGAAGAAGAAGGAGAAAAGAUUGAUUAUGGGUUUGGAGAGAUCAGUAGUGGAACGAAUUCACCUUUCUUGCCUUUUGGAGCAGGUCGUCAUAGGUGUAUUGGUGAACAAUUUGCUUAUUUACAGUUGGCUACGGUCGUUUUGACGAUCUUGAGAAGAUGUGAUCUUCGAUUAAAUGGAACGUUACCUAAACCUGAUUAUACUACUAUGUUAGUUUGUCCACGUAAACCAAGAGAUGUAACAUUCAUUCGAAGAUAACCAAGUCAACAAAUACAUCAAAGAAAUCAGGUUUCAUUAAGGAAUCAAACAAAGACUGAUUUCUCGUUCUUUUAAUUUUCUUCGUGAUUCAAUUUUAUAUAUAUCAUUUGAUCUGUUCUUUAAAAAAAGAAAAAAAAGAAAAUCCACUCAAGUUGAUAUAAGUAAAGAAAUCUUGAUUGAGUCUUUGGAUAUCUCUUCCAAGUUUUUAGUCAACUUGGGAAUUCAAUUUGAUUCCAUGUUUUGGUUUUGGAAUAUCUGUUUUUUUGGGUGGUUUCUUUGGUUUAGUUAAGAUGGUUUGGUUUGAAAUUUGAUUGAAUUGAAUCGUG